AAGUCACCCAAAAAGUCUUCCUCCUCUCAUUUUCUCUUUCGGAGACCCAGAAUAAAACCCUGGCUCAACUCCUCCUCCUUGUUCUUCAGUAGUGUUUUCCUUUUUUAAUCUCCACAACUGAAAAUCUCGAUUUCUCGCCACCAAUGGCGACGGUUGUAGAGACUGUCAAACCACCACCAGGAGGAGCAUCAAGUGAACGGAAUCUGAGAAACGCAUUCGGAGGCGUUCUAUCUUUAUUCAUUCUUCUAUUGAUUGGAAUUCUUGGAUUCUCGAUCCGUCUUUUCUCUGUUAUCAAGUAUGAAAGUGUUAUUCAUGAGUUUGAUCCUUACUUCAAUUACAGAGUUACUCAGUUUCUUAUCAAGAACGGAAUAUAUGAUUUCUGGAAUUGGUUUGAUGACCGGACAUGGUAUCCCCUCGGUCGUGUGAUUGGAGGAACUGUUUAUCCUGGAUUGACAUUGACAGCAGGAACACUAUACAAGAUACUACAUGCUUUGAACAUCCCUUUGUCUGUGGAAACUGUUUGUGUGUUUACUGCUCCUAUAUUCUCUGCUUUCGCUGCUUGGGCGACUUUCCUUUUGACCAAGGAAGUUAAAGGUACUGGUGCUGGAUUGACAGCAGCUGCUCUUUUGGCCAUGGUUCCUUCUUAUAUAUCUCGUUCUGUAGCUGGAAGCUAUGACAAUGAAGCUGUAGCUAUCUUUGCUUUAAUCUUCACUUUCUAUCUCUAUAUAAAGACAUUGAAUACCGGAUCCCUCUUCUAUGCGACUUUAAAUGCUUUAGCAUACUUUUACAUGGUGUGCUCUUGGGGAGGUUACACCUUUAUUAUUAACCUUAUCCCAAUGCAUGUACUUCUAUGCAUUGGAACUGGUCGUUACUCUUCUCGGCUGUAUGUUGCGUAUGCUCCUCUUGUUGUCCUGGGUACAUUAUUGGCCGCUUUGGUGCCUGUUGUUGGCUUCAAUGCUGUGAUGACCUCGGAACACUUCGCUUCAUUCUUGGUUUUUAUUAUUAUCCAUGUGGUGGCUCUUGUGUAUUACAUCAAGGGAGUUCUCUCUCCAAAAAUGUUCAAAGUGGCUGUGACACUUGUGGUAUCUGUUGGCAUGGUGGUCUGUAUUGCCGUUGUUGCGAUCCUUGUAGCAGUGGUGGCCUCCAGCCCAACAAAGGGAUGGAGUGGUCGCAGUUUGAGUCUUCUUGAUCCAACUUAUGCAAGCAAGUAUAUACCCAUUAUUGCUAGUGUUAGUGAGCACCAGCCGCCAACAUGGCCAUCUUACUUUAUGGACAUCAACGUUUUGGCAUUCUUGGUUCCAGCUGGUAUAAUUUCAUGCUUUCUUCCACUAUCGGAUGCCAGUUCCUUCGCCGUCCUUUAUAUAGUAACAUCAGUAUACUUCUCAGGAGUCAUGGUUCGGCUGAUGCUUGUAUUCGCUCCAGCAGCAUGCAUUAUGGCUGGAAUCGCUCUUUCUGGAGCCUUUGAUGUUUUCACAAGCUCAGUCAAAUUUCAACUGCCUGGAUUACUAGGGGAUUCUGAUGCAGGGGAUAUUACUUCCGGGGAUGUAGUACAAAAUGGCGUAACCAAGGCUGAUUCAAAUGCAGCUGCUGAGAAAAGCGAAGAAACUCUAAAGGAACGUCCAUCAAAGAAGAACAAGAAGAAAGAAAAAGAACCUGUAGUCAAGGCUUCUAUUAAGUCCAAAAUUCAGAAGAGGCUUCUGGUCUUACCUUUGGAAGCAUCUAUCAUUGCCCUUCUCUUGCUUAUUUUGUUGGGUGCCUUUUAUGUGAUUCAUUGUGUCUGGGCUGCUGCUGAAGCUUACUCAGCUCCUUCUAUCGUUCUAACCUCUCAGUCACAUGAUGGUCUUCAUGUUUUCGAUGAUUUUAGAGAAGCUUAUGCUUGGUUAAGCCAUAACACUGAAGUAGAUGAUAAGGUUGCGUCAUGGUGGGACUAUGGUUACCAAACUACCGCAAUGGCUAAUCGAACUGUCAUUGUUGAUAAUAAUACCUGGAAUAACACACAUAUUGCAACUGUUGGAACCGCCAUGUCUUCUCCAGAGAAGGCUGCGUGGGAAAUCUUCAACUCGUUGGAUGUAAAAUAUGUUCUUGUCGUCUUUGGAGGUCUUGUUGGAUACCCUAGUGAUGAUAUAAAUAAAUUUCUCUGGAUGGUUCGUAUUGGAGGUGGUGUGUUUCCUCACAUCAAGGAGCCUGACUAUCUCAGAGAUGGUCAGUACAGGAUCGAUAAUCAAGCAACUCCAACCAUGCUGAAUUCCCUCAUGUACAAACUCUCAUAUUACAGAUUUGUGGAAACGGAUGGUAAAGGUUACGACAGAGUAAGGAGGACUGAAAUUGGAAAGAAACAUUUCAAGCUUACACAUUUUGAGGAGGUCUUCACCACACACCAUUGGAUGGUGCGGCUAUACAAGCUAAAACCUCCAAGGAACAGGAUUAAAGGAAAGACAAAGAAAUCAAAAGCGAGUUCAAAAUCAAGCUCAACUAGCACAAAGGGAAAGAAGAACCCUUGGCAUUAGGAAAACCAACUUAUAGUAACAGGUUAGCUUUUAUAAUAGGGGGACGAGAUUGUGUCUCAGUUGAGAGAUUCAUUUUGCAGGUCGGGUGUUGUUAACAAAUACAAAUUGAUAAAAGAUUUUGUAGCUCAGAUUUUGUAUCAUUCUUUUUCUUUCUUCCCCUUCUGCACUCAUUAUAAAAGGAAGAGAGUGAUUUUUAUGAAGAAAUCCGAUGAAGAUAUGAUCUGCCA